ACAGUUGACUUUGACUAGUGAAGCAAAUGGGCAUACAACACAAUAAAUACAAACAUGAAUAAACUCUUUCCUAAUUCAAGGCGUUUAUCAGAGAAUGGGUGGUGUCAGAGCUGCUCUCAUGCUUCUCUUUUUCUAUGGGAGUAUUUCAAUAGGGAUGAGUCCUGGGAGGGCCAUAGCUUGUCCUCUUUAUUGCUUGGAUGUAGAUUACAUGACUUGCCCUUCUUCUGGGGAAGAGAAGCUUAGCCCUUCCUGCAACUGCUGCUUGGCUCCCAAGAAUUGCACUCUUCACCUUUCUGAUGGUUCCUCUCUUUAUUGCAAGCCUCAUGAAUUCUAA